CGCCGCGCAUGGACCUGCCCAAAGCAGCUCAGCGAGCUACACAACUACACUGCAAGUUACCUACAUACGAUGUAGUCAACAGAAUGCGCUUACUCGCGCACAACGCCCUCAAGCGGUCUGGCCGCGCGUUGUUAGUCACAUCUGCGCGGGUGGAGUGGUGUAAGCAGCACAUGCACUCGCUGGCUCAUAAACGGCGUAGACUUUGGGGGGAACAUGACGGAUCAAAACUCCCUGCUAUUUUAAUUCUAGGCACGCAGAUCGAAUAGCCGUGAUGGCGCGCGAUUCCGAAUCAACAUCCACAGCAACAUCCAUAUCCAUGUCUUCUCAGACUCCAACGUCUACACUCGCGCCUACGGAUUCCACAUCCAAAGCCACAGCCAAAGCCAAAGUCAAAGCCUCUCCCGCCUACCUCAAGCGUCGCGAGCAGGUGCGUCGCGCCCAGCGUGCGCAUAGAGACCGCAAGGAGGGGUAUGUGCGGGCGCUCGAGGCGGAGGAUCUUGCGUUGCGGGUGCAAUUGAGGGCGUGGGAUGAGGUGGCGAGUAUAGGGGGCGGGAGUGGUGAAGGUGGGGGUUUGAGCACUGUUGGAGAGGUGUGGGUGGAAGGAUUGGAUUGUGCGGGGACCGAGGCCAUCGAGGUUGCACCGCGUAUUGAAGCUAUCGAAGAUGUGUCGGCAGCGGGCAAUGCAGUGGUAUGGCAGAGUGCGUGCAGCUGGUCAACAUCAGUGGGUCGUGCAGAUAUGGCGAUGGAGUUUGUGUUGGCCCUCGAGAAGCCGUGUGUGCAACGCGCGCAGAGCGUUGUUUUCGACCCGUUAGACGCAUUUCCUAUGCAGCACGCAAAGAGCAGUGCUGAGCUGGCGUUGUACCACACGUUUGUGAAUGAGGAGCUUGGUACUCCGAUGCCUUGCUCGCAUGCAGAUGUUGCUGGGAGUCUGGAUCAUCUCUUCUUACUCUCCUCGGCGUUCUGCCUUGAGAAUGAAGUCACACCUGUCCAAGCAUGGCAGCAUUUGUGCAGGUACUUCGAGUUUGGCGUGGUCGAUUCGAAGGGAUUGAAAACGCUUAUCGACGCAUUGCUGGAGCACGUUAGAUGCUACGGGUUCGGGGCAGUGGUUUCGAAGAGUGCCCUUGAUGAAGCUUGUAGGAGAGUGUUCACGUAGGCACUAGAUGAGGAGUCUAGUCCUGUUCAUGUC